AUGCCUUACCCCAUGAAGAUCCAGCCCAUCGAUUUCAACCCGGUGGUCGAGCCUCAGGCAAAACCAAUGCUGAAGUUGAAAUUCAGGCGGCUUUUUGAGAGACCAUUUUCCGGCGUGUUGAGAGCAUCGGCCCAGGAUAAGCCUCCGGCGCCUCAUAAAUGGAGCAAGGACUGCUCGGAAGAGUUGGAGCCUAGCUCGGUUCGCCUGGCAAGAAUGGUUCAGAAUUUUAUCGAGGAGACCAACGAUAAGCAGAGGUGUGGGAGGAAAAAAUGCAAUUGCUUCAAUGGGAGCUGCACAGAUAGCUCCGAUGAGGAUCCUCACAAUUGUUCAGAACCGUGCAGUUGUUCUUCUGGCCACGCAUUCGACGUUCUCAAGAGUCUGGUCCCCUGCUCAAGCGCCUGUGAAAAGAAUCUGCUAGCCGACACUGCGAAAAUCGUUAAUAGAAACAAAAUCGGUAAGCAAAAAGACGAAUUGUGCAGAAAAAUUGUGGUAGAUGGCCUAAUUGCUCUUGGGUACAAAGCUUCAAUCUGCAGAUCAAAAUGGGAGAAAACCCCCUCUUUUAUUGCUGGAGAAUAUGAAUAUGUGGAUGCAACAAUCGAAGGCGAACGGUUGAUAAUCGACGUCGAUUUCCGAUCGGGGUUCGAAAUCGCGAGGCCCACCAAGGCGUACCGGCAGGUCCUCCAAACUCUGCCCAACAUAUUCGUAGGGAAAGCUGAUCGACUCGAGAAAAUUGUAACUGUUGUGUCCGAAGCUGCCAAACAGAGCCUUAAGAAGAGAUGCAUGCCCGUGCCACCAUGGCGUAAGGCCGGUUACGUGAAGGCUAAAUGGCUCUCGAGUUUCACUCGGCUCGGCUCGAAUAUUUGUAACGGUGAUGAAUUCGUGUUUGUUUUUUCUGAUGGUAACAGCCCUUGUGAAGGAGAUGAUGGGGCAAAGAGGCCAUUGACGAGAAAAUGGGAGCCAUUGAAGAUUAGGCCUAAGAACCUUAACAGGGGAGUGAACCCAAGAUUCAAAACCAUAGACCACCCCAGGAAACCCGCACCACUGUACACCCCCACCUUCAGUCGCAGCCAGAAGAGUCGCGCCCAUCGGACGAACCCAUGUUCCAGCACCAGGAACAUCGAAUCCGGGUGCUGCGCCAGCCUCAACACCGACAAAAAAGCAAUGCCAAACCAGCAACCAAACUCGAUGCCGGCAAGACGAUGCCCUGCAACUGCCAACCGUUAUCUCCUACGGCCGUCAGGCUUGCCCCACGCGCACGGUGACGAUCGUGGUCGGCGAAGCAAUCGAUACGAAGAUUUUCAGGGGCCGAUGAAGGUGAUUUUCAGCGGUCGGCGGAGCAAGCCCGACGUUGUGGUAGUUGGUGAAGAAGGGCCGUCGGGUGGAUUUUGUGGUUAG